CCCUCUCUCCUCCUCCUCCUCCUUUUCUUUUUUUUUCGAUUUAUGAAAACGUCACUUCAAGUCCCUCCCUGUUUGAAUCUCAUUAGUUUCUUGUGUGUUUCUCCCUGUCAAUAAUCCCGAAUCCAGACUCUCUCUAUUUCCAUCCCUCUCUAUCUGUCAAUCAGCGCCGCCUUUGAACUGAAAACCACUCCGACCAACUUCAACUCUCUCAAUCCGAGCACCGCGGCUCCUUCUCCGGCUUCCCCGUUUCCGGCAAGGGUCCCCUUCUUUUUCUUUUGGGGACUUUUUUUUCAGUGGGGACCGCGAACGCCACACGCUGUGUGUGCGUGUGUGCGUGCGCGUGUGUUUUUUUUUCUACUGGAGGGGGGCAACGCCACCAACGACACCCCCGAAGUCGCGCAAAGUGGCACUUUUUUUCGACGGUGAGGGGUCCUUUAAAAAAAUAUAUACAAAAAGUUUCUCCUUUUGGAGGACUUCCCCCCCACCCCCCACCACCACUAACGAGAGCAGCAGCAGCAAGCUAGCCGCCUUCAGUGAAGCUCGUGGGGGGAAAAAAGCGGAGCGAAAAUGCCGCAACUGAACGGCGGUGGAGGGGACGACCUGGGCGCCAACGAUGAGAUGAUCUCCUUCAAAGACGAAGGGGAGCAGGAGGAGAAAACCUCGGAGAACUCGUCGGCCGAAAGGGAUUUAGCGGACGUCAAGUCGUCGCUCGUCAACGAGUCGGAAACAAAUCAGAACAGCUCGUCUGACUCGGAGGCGGAGAGACGGCCUCCGCCUCGGUCUGAAACUUUCAGAGACAAAACGCGAGAAAGUUUAGAGGAGGCAGCGAAGAGGCAAGAUGGAGGGCUGUUCAAGAGCCCACCGUACCCGGGCUACCCGUUUAUUAUGAUCCCCGAUCUCACCAGCCCCUACCUCCCCAACGGAUCACUUUCUCCCACAGCGCGCACAUACCUACAGAUGAAAUGGCCCCUGCUAGAUGUUCAACCGGGAGGUCUUCAGAGUAGACAAGCACUUAAAGAUGCCAGGUCCCCGUCACCGGCACACAUCGUUGGGCCCUUCUGCUGGGAAUUCCCUGGACAGUCAGAUCUGAGCCUUCACCAAUUUCAUUUGUCGAAUAAGGUUCCAGUGGUUCAGCACCCUCACCACGUGCACCCUCUCACACCGCUGAUCACUUACAGCAAUGAGCACUUCACACCCGGGAACCCGCCACCACACCUACAGACAGACGUGGACCCCAAAACAGGAAUUCCAAGGCCUCCGCAUCCUCCAGAUAUUUCUCCUUAUUACCCGCUGUCACCUGGCACUGUCGGCCAGAUCCCCCAUCCGCUAGGAUGGUUAGUACCACAGCAAGGUCAACCUGUUUAUCCAAUCACAACAGGGGGUUUUAGACACCCCUACCCAACUGCGCUCACUGUCAACGCAUCCAUGUCAAGUCUUCUGUCCUCUAGGUUCCCCCCACACAUGGUGCCCCCCCACCACGGUUUGCACACCACGGGCAUCCCGCACCCAGCCAUCGUCACACCCAACGUCAAGCAGGAAUCCUCCCACAGCGACAUCAGCUCCCUCAACAGUUCUUUCUCCACCUUUCUUUGCCAUAGGAAACAGUCAGAUGCGAAGAAGGAGGAGGAGAAGAAGAAGCAGGUCCACAUAAAGAAGCCGCUGAACGCCUUCAUGCUCUACAUGAAGGAGAUGCGGGCCAAGGUGGUGGCCGAGUGCACGCUGAAGGAAAGCGCCGCCAUCAACCAGAUUUUGGGGCGGAGGUGGCACGCGCUAUCGAGGGAGGAGCAAGCCAAAUACUACGAGCUGGCCAGGAAAGAGCGACAGCUCCACAUGCAGCUCUACCCCGGCUGGUCGGCCCGAGACAACUAUGCGGCUAACCAACAGGGGAAAAGGAAGAAGAGAAAAAGGGAAAAGCAGCAAGCGGAGAGCAACGAACACAGAGAAUAUUUUCCAAACCCUUGCCUUUCACUCCCUCCGAUUACAGACCUGAGCGCUCCUAAGAAGUGUCGAGCGCGCUUUGGGCUCGAUCAACAGAAUAACUGGUGUGGCCCGUGCAGGAGGAAAAAAAAGUGCAUUCGCUACAUCCAAGGUGAAGGCAGCUGCGCCAGUCCUCCCUCCUCGGACGGAAGCUUCCCAGACUCCCCCCCGUCCUCGCCCUCCUCCGUGGUCCCGUCCCCCUCGCCAAAAGAGUCCAAACCUCAGACUGAACAAAUGCAACCUCUUUCACUGACUAUGAAACCCGCCCACCAGCCGCUCCUCCCUCACCCGCACCUCCUGGCCGGGCCGCCGGAAAACGCCACGGCGGCGGCGGCGGGCGGCAAAACGCUGACCCCGGAACCCGGCGACGCCCCGCCCUCGCGGCUACCGGGCCCCUCGGUGGUGUCCCCCAUGGCCCGACCCUCGCCACUGCUGUGUCAUUCCCACUCGCUGCAGCCUCUGUCGCUCGUGACCAAGUCCAUAGAGUAGCAGUCGGACCCUCUUCUUCUUCUUCUUGGUUUCCUUCUAGCCGCCGCUGCUCGCUACUGUUCUGUUUUCAAGUUCAUUGGUCAAUAUUUGACCCGCCAAGGAGCCUGUCGAAUUGUCCUCAAGAAUGAUCACCCGGAGCUGCAACAACAGCUCAAACAUUUUAUUUUAUUUUUUUGCUUUCUGCGAAAGUUGAAUGGAGGUGACGCAACUUUUGGUUGUUGAAGACUUUUGAGCCAAAGGGCUUCUGCGGUCAAAAUUAGAUGUGGUGGUCAUCAGAGGACCUGGAAUCUUUCUUGCGGUUUCACCGCAAAUUGAAAAAGGCUUUUCUGGUUCUAAAUUUGACAGAAGAAGCCUUUCAACAACCAGGAAGAAGAGUUGGGUUGCCUCCAUUCAACGUUUGCGGACGGUCGUGACUCUGAUGACUUUGCUUCGACAGUUCUAAAUUUGACCGAAGCGUUUCGAACAAACUGUGGGCUUUUCCUCAAUUUGGGGAACAAUCCAAAAGAUUUCUCCAGUCAACAUUUAGAACUGAAGAAGCUCUUGUUCAAGAUCU